AUGCGAUCUUGGUAUGGAAGGGGCCGGUCCCUGCAGGUUGCUGUCACGUCUUGUUGUCUGGUGGCUUUCAUCUUGUUCGGUUAUGACCAGGUUCAACUACCCGAUGACACGGAAGAGGGUAUCAUUGUUAGUUGCUACAACGUGGGCUGUCUUCUUGGAUGUUUGGUCAAUUUCUUCAUCGGUGAGACGCUCGGCCGCCGCAGGACGAUCUGGUUUGCCAUGGGUGUGGUUAUUGUCGGCGCAGUCAUGCAGACCACGGCUUUCACGGUGCCGCAUUUGAUCAUUGGGCGACUUGUGACUGGUGCGGGCACCGAGAUGUGCGAGGGCAAGACUCGAGGUCGCCUCAUCUCCUCCGAGGUUCUUUUCACAGCCGUAGGAAUCGUUGUUGCAUACUGGUUUGACUUUGGCAUGUCGUUCGUUGGCGGUCCCAUCGCCUGGCGUCUCCCGAUUGCGAUGCAGAUCCUCUUCGCGAUCUUUGUCAUUGUUCUGGUAUUCGGUCUGCCCGAAUCCCCUCGCUGGCUCAUGAACCAUGGCCAAGAGCAAGAAGCAAUGGAAGUUCUCUGUGCUGUCUAUGACCGAGAGCCAGACGAUGAAUUCAUCGUCAACGAGCGAAGGGGAAUCCUAUCCGCCAUCGAACUGGAAGAUGCAGUCAACAAGCAGUCGAUCUGGAAGAUCUUCCACAAUGAUGAAGUCAAGACUGGCCAGCGCGUGCUUCUCGCAUGGGGUAUCCAGCUCAUGAACCAAGUUGGAGGAAUCAACCUUGUCAACGUCGGUCUAUCCAGUCAACUGUCUCAGAUCCUUGGCGGCUGUAUCCAAAUCAUGUUCAUGCUUGGCUCGCUACUCCCAGCCUUCAAGCUCGACAGAAUGGGCCGCCGCAAAACAAUGAUGAUCGGCUCUUUUGGAUUAGGAGUCUGCAUGAUGAUGGUAGCAGCCCUACUAUCCCAAGUUCACCAACCAAACGGAACAAACUACGCGUCCGCCUCCGUCGCCUUCUUCUUCCUCUACAUGCUAAUCCACGGCAUGUCCAUCAACUCCGUGCCGUGGGUAUACGUACCCGAAAUCCUCCCCCUGGAAGCUCGAACAAAGGGUACGGCUAUUGGUGUCAGUUCCAACUGGCUAUGGAAUUUCACAGUUGUUAUGAUCACGCCCGUGAUCAUUAACCGGAUUCAGUGGAAGGCAUACCUGAUAUUUAUGGUCACAAACUUCCUCUUCAUUCCCAUUAUCUACUUUUUCUAUCCUGAGACUAGCAAUCUGCGUCUUGAGGAUAUUGACUUGAUCUUCUCUCGGGGUGGGAACCCGGUUGCGCAGGCGAGGAAGAUGGCUCAUGAGAUUAAGCUUUACGGGGAUAUUCAAGCUGACCAGGUUAGCGAUGAGAAGGCUGCCAGUAGUCUUGGUGUGGAGCGUGUUUGA